AUGAAAAAACCAAUUUGCGAAAAAGGGGUUAGCUGCUCAGACUGGAAGGGCAAUAUUUUGCAUGCAGCUAUUUUUGUGCACGGAUCUGAAAAAUGCGAGGCUGUUCCAGUCAAGAGUUGCGGAGAAAAAUCUGUGAAGAACGGACCACCGAUAAAAAAGCGUGCUGUGGAAGCGGGAGUUGAUCAAAAAAUUCAGGAAUUUUUAGAGCAGAACUACUUGGUCUUUUUAUUGCCGUUUUGGUCACUUACUGGCUGGCUGAUUUCAGCUGUAUUUAAAAAUGUGAAGAAUUUGCAACUUGUUGGGCCUUUUGAAGUUCUAAACGAAUUAACAGAUGGCAAAGAAGCGCAGCACGAGAAGAAAUACUAUCUUACUGCCACUCGAUUUGCAACUGACUUGCCUGAGAUGCAAACUCUAGCUCUUUACGAUGGAGGCCGAUAUGUCUAUUGGAGUUUGUUAAUUUUAGUUUCAUUAGCAGCGGUGGUCAUUUUCUUAAAAGAUAUUUACGGUAAUAAGUGGUUCGUUGCAUUUAGGGAUACUCCAAGAAAUAGUGACCCGUUCAUAGUUAAUGUUAUCCAUGACAGAGAGCACUACCCGAAAGCGGAAAUUGUUGGUGAUGCGGACCCCAGAUGGAUGUUAGUUCACGCAUGCGGGAACAGUCCUCCGAAAGAAUUGCCUUCAUCAGACCAAAAAAUGUGGGGAAGUAAGGUCUUAACGUUACUGGCUGCUGCUAGUCGCUGCAUUUGCAUCUUAAAGCAAAACAGUCUCUUUGUAGGUAUGUUUUCUCUAAAUCUGGAGUUUUUAUUUGAAGCGCCAUCGUUUAUAGAUAUACGAAAAUCCUACCAAAUGGAACUCAAAAAACUUGCGAAGGAGAGAAGCAAACACAGUUACGGUAAGGCAUUUCAUGGUUUAGGGAUCUUCGUGAAUGUAAGAGGCGAUGUUGGUUACCGUCCUUUGGAAAACCCCCCUCCAGGGAAACUGAAAAAAAUCAUUACCGAUUUUGCGAAUUGUAAACAAGAGGGCUCAGAGAAAGACAAACUGAGGGAAGAUAUUAUGAACUGCACAACAUUUGUUGACAUUGCCAAUGAUGAGAUGGAUUACUCUUUGGGACUUGAAGUUGGUCAUGAUUUCUUCUGGGCUAAUUAUGCUGCACUUGAUCGUCUUGCCGAAAUAACACUCUGUAAUUCAUAUACUCUACUGGAACGAGAGGAGUACAAAACGAUUUUAACAGAACACAUGAAAGUGAGGAGGGCCAAGCCGGAACUAAACUACUGA